GAAAAAUUCAAUCAAGUGCGGUGUCGUUACAAAGUAAUCGAUCGGUAUGUGCAUAUGAAGAUAUUGGCAGAAGUAAAGUUCGGGCAGGCUUCUUGUGCUUUUGGUGCAUCGGCAAAAAGUGAGCGUGAUACUGAGGGACAGUGAAGAUCGAAAAAGCGCGCUAUGUAUAAGUAUCUGAAAAGAGUAGAAUCACAAUCAUGCACAACUACUGCGUAGGGCAGAGCGUACUUUUCUCAAAUCGGACUUGGCUACCUCAGGUCAACACUGGAACUCAUAAGUGGUGCGCAUAGACAUUCCCGUGAGGCGCAACUUUUUUCUAUACCUAGAGAAUUUUUACUUGUGAGACGAGGAGCGACUGCGAUGGAUAUACUUACGUACCUUCAUGCUCUAUUGCUGUAUGGCCCUGGUGGCUAGUUUAUUUGUUUACUACGGCGUCGCAGUCGCGAUAGUCGCACUGAAAUCUGUAGAAAAUCGUGGCGUGUCCGAGGGAGCAACAUGACAAUACAUAGACACCCAAACAAGGUUACCUACCACGUCAACAGGGAGUUUUCCUCAGCACAAGCAUAAUUAAGACGCACGGCCCUCGAGGACCGGCAUAAAUAUGUCGACAGAAAGGGAGCUGGAACGGCGGCAGAUGCAGGAGCGAACCGCAUCGACCCGCCGGACGAUGAGUGAGCCCGGAGGUUCUCUUCUAGAUGGCGUCGCUCCUGCUUCGCAAUCCUCCUCGUCCCAACAUCAGGGACAGCAUCUGUUGCGCGGCUCCGCUGGAAGGACAGUUCUUUCACAGGGUGGAGUGAUUGUCGGUGCAUCAGGAGCGAGCGGCAGCAGUUCCGCUGACAAUACUCGAAGCAGAACAGCAGGCAGGACCACUCCGGCCUCGUCAAAAUUUUCCGUGCCCUACUAUGAAGGAACCGGUGCGAUUGCAGCAUCAGGAACUUCUUUCGGUAGCAGGAGUAGCUCCAGUGCUAGUAUGGAAACAGAUCAUGGAGAUGGAACGACAUCAGCGAGUGCAGCAGCUCGCGGCCUCCAGGUGGAGGAAAAUAGAAAUACAGGAUUGCAAAAAAGACAUCGUCGGGAAGAUCAACAUGAACAUAUCAUGCACCAGUUCCGGAACGGAAGAAAUCAAAAUCACGAGCAAUCCCUCCUGGUCUUCCACAAAUACUACCUAGAGGACGAUAUCAGCCAGUUGAUAAACGCGCAGAAACGGCUCCUGGUGGAGAAGAACUCUUUUUUAUCCGGGGGUUUGAUCGUGGGCCUGGUGAUCGGGUUUCUCUUUCUUUUCGCCGGCUUCCUCUGGACGCGGCGGUGGGUGAAGCAGAACGUAAUGGGCGAGACCAACAAGGACCUGUUCUUUCAGAUGUCGACCAAGCACGAGCGGCUGGCGGAAGCGAAUAAACACAUCCACCUGACUAUCGUGAUGAAAAACGUCCCCACACCAGAGUCAAGAUGGGGAUUUUGCAACACAAACCUAGGAGUUUUGGGAGUCACGCAUGACAAGUUUCAGUCCGUAAGGUAGUGCAAGUUAGCAAGGAAAGCCGCAUCACAAAUCGAUCUGCUGAUCCUGUUUACAGCAUUACAAGUUCCCAAACACGAUUGAAAAUACCUGUCAUGGGGUUGCGCAUCACAAAUGUUCCUGUCAUGGCAAAUCUGCAUGACAACUCUGGUGUGGGGACGUUUUUACUCAGGAUACUGACCCGGAAGACCGCGGAGAUGCACCACCCGACUUUGUAUCAACUGUAAAAAUGUCUGGGUCUGGAAGAAAAAGAAUGCAACUUGUGAUGCUGAAUUUGGAUUCCAAAAAAAUCUGUAUUGCAUGAGCAGCAAAGGGAAUGCGAUUUUUGCUACGCGGAGAGGGCAUUUGUCAUGCGGAAUAGGCAUCGCGAAGCCCUCAAAAAAUCUGUGAUGCUAGGGCAUGCAUCACAGACAUCAUGGCCAAUGCAAAACAUGCAUGACAAGUGUGUCAGACAUUUUUACAUUUGAUACUUUGGAGUCCUUAGACGGCAGUGUGUGGGAGGUAAAAGUGAUCGACCACUACAGAAAUUCGGGGCGAGUCACCCUACCGGAAGCUCCCGUGGAAUAUGACGACGAUAUGAGGCCUGUACUGUGACUGAUUGCAUUUUGAUGUUUUCGCUAUUUUGAUUGCAUUUCGACUUCCAUGUUCCACUCAGCUGCUGUUGAAUUGUUCACGAUAGUACUUUUUCGUCAUGGACGCUGCAGUAGGAGGUUUCUGUCUACACGAUCAUACUGUAGUCGCACCCGGUAAAUAAAAACCUCAGGUCGUCAGCAAGGCGUUUAGCGGGCACUACCGAUUUUCACUCACCUUCAACCUCGGGCACAUGUACAACAUCACCGGCCUCGGGUUCGACGAGACCGAUGGCACCAGUACGCUGCAGGGCUUCUAUGAGGAGACCAACGGCGUGAUGAUUUUCGAAGAGAAGUUUCAGCGCACGGACAGCAACACGCGGCAACCGAUGAAGGCCAUGGUGGAGUUGCUACUGCUCGGGCACGUGGGGCAAAGACGGUCCAUGAAGGGCAAGUCCGUUCCCACCACCAGAAUACCGCCCUGCAUCAUUGUCGGAGCCGACUGUUCCGACGGCGCCGAUACCUCUUUACCAAUUGCAGAGGAAUUUAGAUUGCCCGGUAUAUAGCUUUUAAGAAAUAAUAAAUCAUGGAAAACUUUCGUUGGAGUUCAGUGUUUUCGUUCUGUGUCGGACUAGAUGACGAGUACUUACAUAGAUACUGUGCCACACGCAUAGAAGCUUAAACCGCUCGUCCAAACAUUACUUAUCAGGCGACGACAGCACCGGGGGGUACAAGAAAAAGCGGAGCCGGGUAUAUUGAGAGGAAAAAUCCCCCCUCCCCAUAUCAAAACAAAAUUUCUGAUGCUGGAUUUGUGUACACAAAUCCGAGCUGUCUUGCUGGAGAGCACUGCAGGCCCAUAUCAAGUGUGAGUAGUAGAGAGGUUUUGGCCUAGGCACUUAGCAUGAAAAACGUCAGCGCUGUAGGCCCGACAGCAUGGCAAUCCGCCUGCACAAUGCGGCGGAGCCUGCGGAGUUGCCUUCUUGCAAGACAGACACGAUUUGUGACCACGUAUCAGCAUCACAAAUUUCCAAAUGGCAAUGGCAAUGUCGGUGCAUCACAAAUUUCCUACGCUGGACAAUGGCAAUGUCGGUGCGGUUGUUUUAGCAUCACAAAUUUCCAAAAAUAUACCUUUUCAGUAUGGGGAGGGGGGGACUUUUCCUUUUGAUAGGGUACCGGCGAAGCCCAUGGCGGGGUUGGUGCGGAAGAUGACGGGCGCGUUCGGUCUGGAGGUCAAGGAGAAGAAGCCGGGUUCCCCCACCAGCAGCCGGAAACUGGCCCCAGAGCCAACGAGCUUGAACCCCAACGAUAAGAGUCCGCGGGUGUCGGACGUUGGAAAAGGGAAGAAACCGGCGGCGAGCCCGCGCGGCGGAGUGGUUCACGACCCGCGGGACGACGAUUUUCUGGAGAAACUGAAGAAGCAGGAGGUCAGCGCGAUGAGGGUGCAGGCGGCCGCCCGUGGUCGACUCGCCAGGAAGAAAACCAGUCCGAUGCUGAAGGAGAGGCGCAAGGAGGGUUUGAAACAAGCCGGUUACGCCAUGCAGGGACGAUAGGCGGUUGUGGGCAGAGACCGGGAAGGCGAUCAUGAUCCUGUGGCUUACAUACUGCUUCUCCUUCUUAUUUUUCACUUGGCGAGUUUCGUGAGCCGGUUUUUGUUGACAAAGAAAAGCUGUGAAUAUACAGCCAAACGCGGGAUGAGCAUACUGUUUGUUUGGUUGUGAGUUUCUGAAAGUUCUUGUGGUUUUGAUGAAGAUGCUGAUUUCAAAUUAUAACGCAGCGUGACGUUUCUUGUUUCUUGAAACUGCAAUGAGUAGACCCGCUCAAUGGCACACAUAGCGACCCAUUCCGUUUCUCAAAAUGUACUUAGAUUUUUUGCCCAUUGCUCGCGAAGCUGGGUGCACGAACAAAGCAACAAGCCGCACAAGCGAAACAAGCACAGUACAGUAGUAAUGCGAACACAUCGACAUUUU